AUGGAUGUGCCGUCAUUAUUUCUGUCAGUUCAGGGAAUACUGAUUCUCACUAUUUCACUGCUCUUUGGGUUCUAUUUCCUGUUUUGGAUCGUCCGUCGGUCACCCAAGAAUUUACCGCCAGGUCCCCGAGAUUGGGGAACCAAUUGGAUUAUGCUCAAGGCAUCUUGGAAUGGUACUCUUCACAUACUGGCUGGUGAAUGGGCCUUGAAGUAUAAAGAGAUAACACUUGUGAAUAGUUUUGGAAUGCCAGUUGUAUUUUUGAAUACUGCAGAGAUCACAAGAAAGUUACUGGCCUCCGAAAAGUAUAAAUUUCUCGUCGCCGACAGAUUUCCUAAUGCAGCAGCCAGAAUUGUUGAGUUCAACGGAAGAGAUUUAAUAUUUUCUAAGUUUGAUGCCAUUAUGAAAAAGAAGCGACGACUGUUCUACAACGUGAUAGGCCUUUAUGGGAAUGGCGUUGCCAAAAUGUUCACAGACAUCGACUUAUGCGAGGGAAAAGACACUGAUCUCACAUCCAUUUUAACUCGAUCUCUGAAAGUUAUCAUCUACAUAUUGGUAACUGGUGAACUUCCAGUUGAUCCUUCAGCUCCAGAUAUGUUAGAAGAAUAUGACCUGGCCUUCAACAAACUGGCUACGCCAGACGUAGAUUUUGUUUUGGAUAAUCUCCCAUUUCUCACCAAGAUUCCAGGAAAAUUCAAGAGAGCUGUAGACCGUGCGAAGGAAGCCAAGAAAAAGGCGGACGAAUUACUGUACUACAGACAAAAGAGAACCCAUAAGCCAGGUCAGCCACGAGGCAUUGCAGAUCUUCUACUAGACUACGCAAAGAAACCAGGUUACGAGUGGAUGGAUGAGGACGAAGGGCAUAUUAUCUCUUUUCUAGCCAUCCUGAUUCAAGAGGAAAUAGAUGAUGUUAUUGGCAGUAAACGACCCAAACUGGAAUACAAAAGCAGACUGCCCUACACAGAAGCUACAAUCCUGGAAGGCGUACGACUCAUUUCGCCAGUACCUCUUAAUGCUUUCAGAAGACCAUUUGAAGAUAUUGAUUUCGAGGGUAUGGUAAUCCCCAAAAAACUCGCUGGUAAGUUAUCUACGUUUUUUUUUUUUUUUUUUAGCAUUAUCCUGAUUAACAGCUGGCACUUUCUCCACGACGAGAACAAAUGGGAAGAUCCGUGGACAUUUAACCCCAAACGUUUUCUUGACAAUGAAGGGAACCUUUUACCUGCUGACCACCCAAAACGGAAAGAUCUGAUCGCCUUUGGAGUCGGAGCUCGAGCUUGCCCGGGGGAGACAUUUUCACGCUCUCGAAUGUUCCUGUUCAUAACCAGCAUCCUGCAGCGUUAUGACCUUUUGCCUCCAUCCAAUGAAAAACUGACACCGGCAAAUUUUAAUGUCCACGACGAAACUAUCCUAGGAAUUGUGCGCCAGACGCCUCCAUUCAAGUGUCGCCUUGUUCGCCGGAAGAGGCGCUAG